GGACAAAAAGGAGAACCUGGAAUAGUGCCACCUGUUUCAGGAAUACGAGGCCGCCCGGGACCAGCCGGACCUCCAGGCUCACAAGGACCACGAGGAGAACGAGGACCAAAGGGAAGACCUGGCCCUCGGGGUCCUCAAGGGAUUGAUGGUGAACCUGGUAUCCCUGGCCAGCCUGGUGACCCUGGUCCUCCAGGGCAUCCUACCCACCCAGGACCAGAUGGACUAAGCAGGCCAUUUUCAGCUCAGAUGGCAGGACUGGAUGAGAAAUCUGGACUUGGUAGUCAGAUGGGACUGAUGCCUGGUGCAGUGGGUCCAGUUGGUCCAAGAGGUCCUCAAGGUCUCCAAGGAAAACAAGGUGGUGCUGGCCCCACUGGCCCACCUGGUGAACCUGGGGAUCCAGGACCUAUGGGUCCAGUUGGUUCUCGUGGGCCAGAGGGACCUCCAGGCAAACCUGGUGAAGAUGGUGAACCUGGCAGACCAGGACAAUCCGGUGAGCCUGGAUUUCCAGGAUCUCCAGGGCCUCGAGGCUUUCCUGGUGCUCCUGGUCUCCCAGGACUCAAGGGUCACAGGGGAUUGAAAGGACUUGAUGGUCCAAAAGGUGAAAUUGGAGCAGCUGGAGCAAAGGGAGAAUCCGGACCAACAGGUGCCAUGGGUGCAACGGGUCCUCUAGGACCUAGAGGAAUGCCAGGAGAAAGAGGUCGAAUUGGACCACAGGGUGCCCCUGGUGGACGUGGCCAGCAUGGUAUGCCUGGGAAGCCAGGGCCAAUGGGCCCACUUGGCAUAACUGGUUCUCCAGGUUUUCCAGGUGCUCCUGGUGUAAAGGGUGAAGCAGGUCCAACAGGUCCUCGUGGUCCUGAAGGUCCUCAAGGACAAAGAGGUGAAACAGGUCCACAGGGCCCAGCUGGAUCCCAAGGUCUUCCUGGUACUGAAGGGACAGAUGGUUCCCCAGGUGCUAAGGGCCCUACUGGAUCUCCAGGCACUGGAGGCCCCCCUGGUUUAUCAGGUCCACCCGGUUCCCCAGGACCACAGGGCAGUACUGGCCCACCUGGUAUUCGAGGCCAACCGGGAGACCCUGGUGUCCCAGGUUUCAAGGGAGAAGCAGGACCCAAAGGUGAACCU